UCCUCGCCGACCAAGAUGAAGUCUUCCAUGCUCGCCGCCAUCCUCCUUGCUCUUAUAAUGCUAAAACUCAGCACCACCUGUCACGGCGCGCUGCAAUGGGGAUUCUACAAAGGAAAAUGCGGCCGGAGUGACGUCGAGGCCAUCAUCCGAGGCGUUGUCACCGCUCGGUUCAGGAGAGACCCCACCAUCGUCGCUGCUCUCCUCCGAAUGCAGUUCCAUGACUGCUUUGUUAACGGGUGUGAUGCAUCGAUACUUUUGGAUGGACGCUCGAGUGAGAAGACUGCGCCUCCAAACCUGAGUGUAAGGGGCUACGACAUCGUCGACGAAGCUAAGGCUGCAUUGGAGAAGGCCUGCCCUGGUGUAGUUUCAUGUGCGGAUAUCAUUGUCGCAGCGACAAGGGAUGCAGUUGCAUUGGGUGGAGGGUUGCGGUAUGAAUUACCGACGGGAAGGAGGGAUGGAAAGGUCUCGCUUGCCGGUAACGUGAAUCUCCCAUCUCCUUCAGCAACAGUGGCGCAGGCGAUCGACGCAUUUAAAAGGAAGGGACUCGGUACAGUUGAAAUGGUUCUUCUAUUAGGUGGUCAUACUGUUGGAGUCACUCAUUGUGCAUUUGUCAUGAAUCGCCUCUACAAUUUCAAUGGAACGAAUAAAGCUGAUCCUACCAUGAAUCCUGCCCUAGUUAUGGCGCUGAAACUUAGAUGCCCUGCGAAUGGAGCAUCAGGGAAUAGCACGAUCAACCUCGAUCAGAACUGGUCCAGUGCAAACAAAGUGGACAACAGUUACUACAAGCAACUCAUGAUGAAGAAAGGCAUCCUUGAAAUCGACCAAAAGUUGACUUUGGACUCUGCAACCAAAUACAUAGUUUCAUGGCAAGCUAAUGGAUCCAACUUCCCAACCCUAUUCAACUACGCCAUGGUCAAGAUGGGCACCAUCCAAGUCCUUACUGGAACGCAAGGAGAAAUAAGGAAAUCCUGCCGAGCUAUCAACAAGCGUUAAUUGUUAGUGUGAAGUUUGCGUUCUUGUUCCAAUAUUUUCUGUUGUUACAUUUAUCUCUGAUUUUCCUUUUUCUUGAAUUGUCAGCACAUUCAAGUUCGAGUUUCUGAGAGAAGAAUUUUCGUGUUUGAGUUUGAGGGUUGUUUCUUUGAAUCUAUACAAAUGUCAAUGUUGGUGGACUAACCAUCAGCAAUAUUUGUUUGUUUGAACCUUAAUAAAUGACAACUUCAUGAAGCAACCAUCAAAAUGAUUCUCACCAUUGUUCUCUAAUUUUGAUGAGGUGAGAUUUGUAUGGUAAGAAAGCACAUUGCAAUUAAUCUUAUGCGCAUUUCUUGCUUAGACUAAUCUGGCUCCAAUUUGGUGACACCAUCUAUAGAUAAAAAAGACUCUUUCACCUAAUGCUGUUCCAAAUAAGGAGAGCAAUUAAUCAUCUCAUUAUAGAUCGUCUAGUGUUCUGUUGCGUAAUGGAAUUUUUGAUUUGGCCAGCUGAUUUCACAUCUGGCCUUAUGGCACUCUUGAUGAGACAUCCUGAGGGAAGGUGGUCUACCAUUAUAAUGAUAUUGAACUAGGCUUUGCUGCAGCUCAGCAGUAAGUCAUUCUCAAGCAGCUCAACUUAUUAAGGCUUGUCGGAACUGGGAACUGGCAACUGGCAACUUCUAUUUGUCCAGUUCAGAUAGAAAACUUAGUUGUGGUCCAACCAUGUCUGUCUUUCUCGCUGAUGCAUCGAGCUUUCCUGCAGCAAAAAAGUCAUGACACAACCCCCUUAAACUUAGCUUCGAAUUUCACUAAACUAAUACUUACAGAGGAUAGGUGGAAUGUGUGAUCUUAGACGUGAAGUAUUCUCUCAUGAUAGUAUUCUGAUCUUUCUAUGGUGAUCAAAAUUUUAUAUCAAGUGAAAGGUUGCUUUUGCCAUUGGAUAGGAUUCCAAUAGCCACGAGAAUCUGUUGCUAUCUGGUUCGACUGGAAUCAGGAAUCAGUCGGCUCCACCACUCAUAGAGCUUUUCCCUUGAUGGGUUGCAUCUACCAAAAUUGCUACCAAGUCCCUAAUUCAAUUCAUUAGUUCUUUUUCUACUUCUUUUGUUGUCGUCCAUAUGAACGAACGGUGCCUUCUGCUGCCACAGCAUAGAGUUAUAAUUGAAUAAUGAUCGAGAUACUUGAUUCAACCCGUCCAACCCCCUAUGAUUGAGAGCUUAAUGCAGGAUCCAUUUAGUCCUUUGUAAUUUUGUUUCCACAAUCCCAAGGUCCCUAAAACUAUCUAGAAACUGACAUUGCUAUAAAUCUAACCUGUAAGGGCUCGUUGUCUGUCCGAAAGAGAGAAGACUCAGCAGCUGUCACCCACCUCAGGUCAUAGCUUGCAGGACUCCAAAGAGUUUGGAUCAGACCAGUUUCAUCAAAUCCCUACAGAACUACCGUAGAGCUUUAUUAACAUAACAUCAUGUAAUGUUAUGCUGAAUGCAUGGAUUUAUUGUGAAGAAGCCACUACAAACCACCACUCUCUGAUUCAGAGGCUUACACCACCAAAAAAUUAUGGUCAUUGGCAAGCUUAAACCAGGUCCGCACAUGAAUUUUUCAAGCUGAUCUAAUCACCAUGUGCACCACAAACAGGCUCAAAAAUCCAAAAAAAAAACACAAAAAUUAAAAAGAACAAGCCAGCCUGCACUAGCACUUGCAAGUGGAUUGAACAAACACAAGCAUUUCUAGACAUUGUUAUGCUCACUGAUAAAUAAUUUGUGCUGCAGCAUUUAACAGUUGAUUAGAAACAGCUGCAAGUGACAAUGCAGCAGAACCAAAUUGGGCUGCCAAAAUUUGCCAGUGAAUUUCAUAACUAAGGACAUGCAUAAUGAACCACACGCUCCCCAACAAUAAGUGACCCCAAAA